AUGUGUCAAAAAAUGUGCCUCGCUCGCACGCUUCGAAAGAAUGACGGCAGCAGCCAGAAGAAAAAGUUACCACGACAAAACUUUCGCUCUUUGUGUGUGCUACGCAAUAAUCCUGAAAAAUCCUAGUAGUAUCGUAGUCAAAACGCGUUCAAAUACUGCUUAAACGAUCGACGAGACGAUCGUAUCCACGAUGGAAGAAGAUUGGGAGCAACUCAGUGAGCAGGAGAAAGUGCCCGUUCCUGCUAAGAAACCCGAUGUCAACAAAUGGGACGGUGAAGAUGAGGAGGAAGAAGUGAAGGACAGUUGGGAAGACGAGGACGAAAUUGAGGAAAAGAAGGACGAAGAAAAAGUGGAAACACCGAAGGCUAAGCCGAAAAAGACUUUACAACAGAAAAUUUUAGAUAAAGAGAAACUAAAACUUGAAGAAGCUGAGCGACAAAGGCUAGAGAAGGAAGCAGAAGAUAUGACACCUGAACAGAAAUUAGCUGAAAAGCUUCGACUUCAGAAACUUCAAGAAGAAUCGGAUCUGAAGAAUGCCAUGGACACAUUUGGAGUCACAGCAAUGGUUGGGGGAAUCGAUGGUAUGCACCCUACCAGUAAAGAGGAAUUCAUCGAAUUGUCUGAUGCCAUCAGUAAGAAGCUCUCGAAUUAUAGGAAUGAUUCUGAAUAUUGCGCUUUUUUGGAGGAUCUUGUUACCAAGUUGUUUGCCAGUUUGCCAUCAGCCAACAUCAGGAAAGUGAAAGGUAUCCUCGACAAUCUCUACCUUGAGAAACAGAAAUUAGAGAAGGGAGACAAGCCCAAGAAGAAAACCGGCGGAAAGAUCAAAGCCAGACUACGGAUGGAUGGUGAAAAUCAAAACUUUGACGAGUACGCUCCAAAAUACGACGAUUUCGAUGAGUACGACGAUUUUAUGUAACAUUCACUCUAAGUAGACCAACUUGCAAUGUGUAAUGUUCGCUCGGACGUGAAAGAGAGUGCACGCGAUUGACCCACGUUCCGAUGCGGAAAAGUAUCGAACGCUCAUCUAGCAGAAAUACAACCCCACAAAAAGGAAUUUACACAUAACCAAUCAAAAUAUAAGAACGAGCCUUCUUUGUUACUACUUCAAAUUACGUGCUAUAUUAUUGUCCUCCCAAUUCACGCAUCUUUUUUUUUAUGUUUGUCAGUUAAAGGAUCGAAGGUUAUGUUGUCCAUCGUAAGAUAGUUUCAUCCCUCAACUGCAAUUAGAAUAAUCAAUUAUCUGCGUUUUUUCUCUGUUUAGUCCUUCCAUUUUGAAAAAAUAGCUUUCAAUUAAAAUGUUGAUUAUAACGAGCAGCUGUGCUGGACAAGGAAGGUGAGAAUUAGGAUUUUCAAUUUAGGCAGUUGUGAACCACAAAGGGCCAAACCAUAUGAAAAAGAAAACCGUUAUGAACUUCCGAAGAAAAACGGUUUUUGUGUCACGUUGUGGUCAGUAGACAGGUUACAUACUGGUAGGAUGGACAGUGUUUCUGAUAAUGUGUAAAUAGGGAUAAAAUGUUUGAAUAAAAGUUUCGACGGAAUAGAA